AUGUCCAUGCAAGAACCUUCUCGCCUCGAUACAGAGCUUGAGCUCCUAGAGGCCAUGUAUCCAGACCAAACAAGCCACAGUGCCAAAUCACGCGAGUUCAGAUUCUUAGAUGGUGCUGCGUCACUCCUUCUCCGCCUACCAGAGACGUACCCAGAAUCAGGUUCUCCAGAUGUGAUAUCUGCAACUAAUGCUUCCAAGACCGAUAUCCGGAAUCAGACGAGAUCGGGUAUCAAAGAGCUUGGGCUGGCAGACGGAGAAGAAGCCCUAGACGCCAUCAUCGCAGCGUUCCAACAAGUCCUCGAAUCGAACACCACCCAGCACAGCGACCAAAUAUCCUCGACAAGUCGCGAUAGCACUGAUAACCGGUCCAAGACAGUCAUUGUAUGGCUCCACCACCUCCUCAACACCAAUAAACGCAAACUCGCUCUCUCCCCUCCCCCCGCAUCCCCUCCCGUGUCUGGCCUCACUAAACCCGGUUACCCUGGCAUCCUCAUCUUCUCUGGCCCCUUCUCUGCAGUGAACGAACACGUCAACACGCUCAAAGCGCAAAAUUGGCAGGCUUUCCAGGUUAGAUAUGAGGAAGAAACGCUCUGGCACUUUGCGCAUGGGAGCGCGGUUAGGGAGGUUGAGACGAUGGCGGAUGUGGUAAAGGGGUUCGAGGCUGGAGAACGGGGGAAGAAUCAGAAAGAGGAGUUCCUGAAAGCUGUAGGUAUCAAAUGA